AUGCGCCCGGUUGCAGAAAGACAAAAGUGGUGCGAGUGUCACAUUUCGUUUAAUCUGGACCAUGUAGAUGAGGUUUGGAAUAACACAACCAAAAUCCGGAGAAUGGCCAUGUUUGACUCGAUGAUACUCCAUGCGACAAUCCCAAAGAGAGAGGGUGACGGGCGCCCUUUCGACGUGUUGGUUCGCGUCCACCCGAUCGAACUGGCACUGUGCCCGUGUGGCGCUGGCAGUUUGCUGCACCGCUGGCCGGGUGCAGACGCGGGGCAGGGCCAUGUCCUUGGGGCCAACGCAUCCCCAGCCGAUGGUUUGGGCAAAGAAGGGCUCCCCCUGUUUGGGGAUUAA